GAACGAGUUGUUGAUCGUUUCAGUCUUUUGCAAAAGUUAGUAGUUCGCGGACGAAGUUUUUCGAACGAAAUUGCGCUUUAAUUUAAUCAAAUCGAUUUUUUUAAUAAUAUAAUAAUAUAUUAACAAGUUUAUUACAAAAAAGUUCCAUAUUAAAGAUUUAAAGGAAUUUUAACACAAUGCCAGUUUUAAAAUCAUGUUGUUUUUGUGGUUCCUUAAGAACAGGCACAAUUUUCGCAGCUUUGGCUGGCGCACUACUAGCUUUGGUAGGAAUAAUUUUAAUAUUCACCAUAUCUUUGGAUUUAAGAGUUAUUUUACUCAACGAUAUCCUCCCAAAAUCUGUUGUUACAAUAAUAAUCGUUAUUAAUUUCGCAAUGACCAUAUUUAUAUCGAUGCUUCUAUUGAUAGGAACAAUAAAGAGAAACAUGUACUUUAUGCUUCCAUGGGUUUUAUUGGGAAUAAUGAUGCCUUUAGGUGUGCUAAUUUCAACGAUAUUCACCGCUUAUAACUUCUUUUCCGAAGACCAAGAUACCGCGGGGAUUAUAUGCAUAGUUUUAGGGAUUAUCGCUUGUAUCGUUGUCAUAUACAUGUGGUUAGUAGUCUUUAGUUUCUUCCAAAUAGUCAAAAAAGAGAAUGAAGAACGCGCCCAAUACACCAAAGCACCUUUUAGGCGAUACUAAACAUCUAAAUGUUGUAAUAAGAAUCUUCGUUUGGUUGUUUAUAACAAUUUGUAAUCGUUUUUAUGUCCUUUUCGUUUAGUUUAAUUAAUUAUCUGUGAUAAAUGUGAAAAAAAGAAGUGCUUUAAAUAACUGUGCCUCAUCUCUAUAAUAUUCAGAAUUAAUUAAUAAUUAUAUAGAAGUUAUUUUAUUUUUUGUUAAUUAAUUAAAAUCUUAACUAAAAAAAGCCUGUUUUAAUUAAAUAAUUAAUAUAGGCAACCAAUUAUGCACCUUAAUAAAUCGGGUUUAUCCCGAUAGAUGGCUCCA